AUGACGCUGCAAAGGCAUCUGACCCACACGAAUCUAUUUCAAUGGAAGCUCCACAGGGGCAUCCGACCAAAAUACCAACAAGUAAGCUGGUUCCCUGAAAGCUACAUUAAGUCAUCAGACCAACAAGUAAGCUGGUUCCCUGAAAGCUACAUUGAGUCAUCAGACCAACAAGUAAGCUGGUUCCCUGAAAGCUACCUUGAGUCAUCAGACCAACAAGUAAGCUGGUUCCCUGAAAGCUACAUUGAGUCAUUAGACCAACAAGAAAGCUGGUUCCCUGAAAGCUACAUUGUGUCAUCAGACCAACAAGUAAGCUGGUUCCCUGAAAGCUACAUUAAGUCAUCAGACCAACAAGUAAGCUGGUUCCCUGAAAGCUACAUUAAGUCAUCAGACCAACAAUCAUCAGACCAACAAGUAAGCUGGUUUCCUGAAAGCUACAUUGAGUCAUCAGACCAACAAGUAAGCUGGUUCCCUGAAAGCUACCUUGAGUCAUUAGACCAACAAGUAAGCUGGUUCCCUGAAAGCUACAUUGAGUCAUUAGACCAACAAGUAAGCUGGUUCCCUGAAAGCUACAUUGAGUCAUUAGCUCAACAAGAAAGCUUGUUCCCUGAGAGAUACAUUGAGUCAUCAGACCAACAAGUAAGCUGGUUCCCUGAAAGCUACAUUAAGUCAUCAGACCAACAAGUAAGCUUAGUCCCUGAAAGCUACAUUAAAUCAUCAGACCAACAAGUAAGCUGGUUCCCUGAAAGCUACAUUAAGUCAUCAGACCAACAAGUAAGCUGGUUCCCUGAAAGCUACAUUAAGUCAUCAGACCAACAAGUAAGCUUAGUCCCUGAAAGCUACAUUGAGUCAUCAGACCAACAAGUAAGCUGGUUCCCUGAAAGCUACAUUGAGUCAUCAGACCAACAAGUAAGCUAA